CUCUGCGUGCCUUCGACCCAGCGGUCUCAUCGUUCUUGGAGAUCGCCGUUGGACAAACUGCCGAGACUGCCAGGCAGUUCUUGCAGGCCACAAGUUGGAAGCUUGAGGAGGCUAUUCAGCUUGGGAUUUCCACUGCUCACCGCUCAACUUCUACUACUAUAGGCCAGAGCAAUAUUCUGGAAGAUUUGGAGACACUGCGACUGCUCUCAAAGCUUGUGCCGGAGUAUUCUAUGUCUCUAGAUGAAGAGGGUGUUUGCAAGACUGCUUUUGAGCUGAUUUUUGCUUUUGACGAGGUCAUCUCUCUUGGACACAAGGAAAAUGUAACUGUAGCUCAGGUUAAACAGUACUGUGAAAUGGAGAGUCACGAAGAGAAGCUGCACAAACUUGUAAUGCAGAGCAAGAUUAAUGAGACGAAAGAUGUCAUGAAACGUAAAGCUAGUGAGAUUGACAAAAGCAAGAUUGAAAAGAAUAGGUUUGAUAAGGGAGGAUUUAUGUCAAUGGGCUCAGGAAGAAUAGAGAGCAGCUUUAGUGAGAUGAGCAUUUCAAAUACUAGAAGCGGUUUUGGGAGUGGUUCUGGUUUUGGAUUGAACACUGAGAUCGAUCCAUUUUCUAUCAAGUCUAAAGGUUUGUUCAUGCUCUUUAAUAUUGAAUUUGAUGGUGCUGCGAUUCACACAAGGAAGAUAGCUAGGGACAUGCUGCUUUUCUGGAAGAGAGUGGAUAAGGAGAUGGAAGAAUUGAGGAAAAAGGAGGAAAGAGAAGCUACUGAAGCCCUAAGGCGUGAGCAGGAGCUUUGA